AUGGAUGAAGUGGAAACAUUUGCUGGUAGUAACGGUCAGGAAGAUGUGCGCGUUUAUGUUGGUUCUGGUGGUACAAUCGAGCAGAGUGGUGUUAAGGGUGUCCCGGCAGUUGAUCAAUCCUCAGUUGCGGUGUUUGCUUUCCACAACGAUGAUCCGAAUGGCAUACGUCGUGGGAUGACACGUGGACCAGCUGUUUUCACUGAUGCCAUUGGCGGCUUUUACAAUCGUCCGGCGAAAAGUGUUGCACCUGUCUAUUCUGAAGGCUGUCUGUAUGAGGGACAGAUCCCGGAAAUUCAUUUUAUGGCACCAAUGGAUGUUAAGAAAGAGAUGCCCGAAAUUUAA